UAAAAAUAAAAGAAAAAUAAAUAAAUAAAAAUUUGAGGUUAAGCACCAUUUCUGUAUCCUUCUUUCAGUCAUCUCUCUGGUGACCUCUCUCUCUCUCUCUCCUCCGGAAUUCUGUAAUUGAGAGUUGCUUUUGUGAAACAGCGGCUAGCCAUCAAAAAAGCAACAAACGGCUACAAUUUGCGCUAUUUCGACGAUGAAACAGAGCGUUUAAACUAAACCCAUUUCCCAUUUUAUACCCAUACUUCCUGAAUUUUGUUUUGCUUUCGCCCUUUUGUUGGGAUUUUUGAUCCGAGUCUCUAGGAUCUGAUUUUUUGAGAGAAUUUUGAGGACUUUUCGGCAUUUUCUGUGAUUUUUUUCACUAUUUUGUUCAUCAUGUCUGAUGGGUAUUACAGUUCUAAGAAGACCGAUGAUAUCUGUGAAGACGUUUGUGGCCAGCAGGGGCCUCGUGGUGCUUUUAGUUUGUCUAGAUUUCGAUGUAUUCUUCGAGGGUGGGAUUUGAAGACACUAAUUUCUCUGUUUCUCGCUGUUCCACUCUUGAUAUUGUUCAUAUAUCUUCAUGGUCAGAAGAUCUCUUAUUUCCUUAGACCUUUAUGGGAGUCUCCUCCAAAGCCAUUUCAUGAAAUCCCACACUACUAUCAUGAAAAUGUAUCAAUGGAAUCUCUCUGUAAGCUUCAUGGUUGGACAUUGCGUGAAUCACCAAGGCGAGUUUUCGAUGCUGUUCUGUUUAGUAAUGAGGUUGACAUCCUGACUGUCAGAUGGAAUGAACUUUAUCCUUAUGUGACUCAAUUUGUGCUUCUCGAGUCGAACUCGACGUUCACUGGUUUGGUGAAGCCAUUGGUUUUUGCAGAUAACCGAGAACAGUUUAGCUUUGUCGAGCCACGGUUGACUUAUGGGAUGAUAGGGGGAAGAUUUAAGAAAGGAGAGAAUCCAUUUGUUGAAGAGGCUUAUCAAAGAUUGGCUCUAGAUCAGCUUCUUAGGAUUGCAGGGAUACAGGAUGAUGACUUGUUGAUCAUGUCUGAUGUCGACGAAAUCCCAAGUGCUCACACGAUAAACCUUUUGAGGUGGUGCGACGAUAUUCCACCCAUUCUCCACCUGCGACUGAGGAACUACCUGUACUCCUUUGAGUUUUAUGCAGAUGACAACAGUUGGAGAGCAUCUGUCCAUCAGUACAAGCAUGGUAAUACACGGUACGCUCAUUUUCGUCAAUCCGAUGAAAUUUUAUCGGAUUCAGGGUGGCACUGUAGCUUUUGCUUCCGCCAUAUCAGCGAGUUCAUAUUCAAGAUGAAAGCAUACAGCCAUUACGAUAGAGUCAGGUUCUCUCAUUACUUGAACCCUGACAGAAUUCAGGAUAUAAUAUGCAAAGGGGCAGAUCUAUUUGACAUGCUUCCUGAAGAGUACACGUUUCGGGAGAUGAUUGGGAAGAUGGGACCGAUUCCCCAGUCUUACUCAGCCGUUCAUCUCCCGUCAUUCCUGCUAAACAAUGCCAAGAAGUACAAAUACUUGUUACCAGGUAACUGCAGAAGAGAAAGUGGCUAAAUUAUGAAAGGAACAAGAUAGAAAUGGCUUUGUAAAUGUUGAACAUAAAGAGAUCCUUAUUCUGGAGGUUAAAGGUUUGUGUCCAAUGAAGUUGAGGCUGAAAUAGGAACUGAGGGCAGAAACAAACUCCAUAUUAUUGCAGCUGAGGAAACUGGUUGUAAUUGCUAUUGGCUUAUUAGGCACAAACCACCAUAUUUCUUCAAAGUUGAAUCAAAUUUCUCAAGCUUCUCUUAUAGGUAUUGCUUAGGUAACACUGUAAUUUCCACCAUCUCUUUGUAUUGAUCUUAGAACAUUGUCACAGUACUCAUUUAUUCUUUUCUCAAUAGUUUUUCUGCCAAUGAAAAGAAAAGUUAAUCUUCUUAGAUAU